AUGGGCAUGCCAGGUCCAUGUGACAUGGGAUGCCCUGAGGAAGGACUCUGCAAUUCCAGGAGUGGCAAUUUCUGCCUCUUUAAGAGCGUCAAUUCAUCCACUCUCUUACAGCCAAUGGCUCAGGACUUUGAUAGUGAAUAUGAGAGGUUAUGUAGAAGUUAUAGAGCAAUAACUAGAUGUGUAAGGAAAGCUAUUGCUACUACACAGAAAACUAUGAGCGAGAUUGACACGGGAGAUAUAAAUCAACGGCCCGCUUUGCCUCCUUCGGCUCCCACUAACCCUCUCCCUCCCCCUAAACUCCCAGCAAUUAAGAUACCUGAAUUUAGCGGUGGGGAGGAAGAAUGGCUUGCAUUUUGGGAUAUAUUUAACAGUUUAGUUCACGAUCGUAGGGAUAUUUCCGAUGUGAUUAAGUUUUCUAUACUCAGAGCUAGUUUAAGGGAUAACGCCUUUAAAGCCAUAGAAGGUUUGCUUGUCACUAAUGCCAAUUAUUCAGUAGCUAUUCAGACCCUUAAGGAGAAGUAUGAUAAUAAGGAAAAAUUGAAACGUAGGCUUAUGUCCAAAUUAACACAUUUAGUCCCUCCCAGUCAUACAAUAGAGGAUUUGAACACGUUCAAAUUGGAAUAUGAGAUUAUUUUACAAAUGAGCACAUUGAAUUUAGAUGUAGAGGCCAUGAACCCCAUUUUCUCUAGUAUUAUAUGCGAGAAAUUGUCACCUAAAACACGUAAGGCUAUAGCUAAUAAACAUAAUAGUAUGUCUCUUGAUUUAAAGCAAAUUUCCUCAGGUUUGAAAUAUGUUUGUGAAUUAAUGGAAUUUUGUUACGAAGGUGAGAAUUCUAAUAAGAGAAGACGAGAUCAGGGCAACUAUUCUAAAGUGAUUCCCUCAAAUGUGCAAAACGUGCAGAGAGCACAACCAAGUAACAGUAAACCUAGUAAUAGUAGUCCUUACAAUAAUUGUGUGUUUUGCUCUUCGAACAUGCCUCUCACGAUUCAAACCCUCUUGCAUCAUUUAUCUUUACAUAAUAAUCCCCUUGCAUCAUCUCUGAUGAAGAAUUUCUAUGUAGAUAAUUUUAGUAAAAAACUUACAAGGAUGUGUCCGUUCUUGAUGGAUGAGUAUCCAGUAAUAAAUGCGAUUCUUGAAGACGCUAAUAUGCCUCUACAAGAAUGGACUGCUCUUCCUACUGCUAAUGUAAUUGUGUCAGGGAAUGGACAUCGUUCCUUUGAGAGAGCAUUCUUUGAUUCUGGUGCGCAAAGAACGUUUAUUGCAACGGAAUUACCAAUAAGAAGCAGAAGUACACAAGAUACGGGAGGACCAGAGGACAGUAACACCCAAAUAGAAUCAAGGUUGAGAGAGCGAAGUCCUUUGCAUGACGAGCAGUCGUUAGAUUUCCUUGAUUUAAAGUUCCUUAGUAGUGAAGAUAAAACUGAUCAUGAUAUCACAGUAAAGGCAGGUCCAGUUGUACAUUUAGCACUACCGGAAGCGUUUUCACAAGACUUGUUUGCUGAAGGUAUAUCAGAGGAUGCCGGGGAAGAAGCUGCCAAUAUUGAUGACGACUCAAGUAGCAAUUUAGAAGAUGGUAGUGAAGUGGGAGGAGUAACUGACAUCGAUGAUGGAAAAGACUCUGAGAAAGAAAAGUGA